AUAAUUCGUUGACAUAUUAAAUUGAAGUAUUGCCAUCUUAAUCUGUGGCAUUAUCAUCGCUAUCAGUGUCCAAUGAUAAUGAUGAUUAUUACUGGCGACCCGAGUGUGACUUUAAAACCGAGUUUAGAGCUGCCGGUUGUGUAACCCGACCCGCAGCGAGCGACAGCUGGAGGAACUAGGCGAGGGAUAGCGAGAAGGGUAGUGGAGCAGGUUCGCAAAUAACUUCUCGCUUUCUCUUUCUCUCAAGCUCUUUCUCAGACAUUUAGGAACGGAUGGUAAACACGUCGAACACGGCAAUGGCCGGCCGGACCUUUUGGUCAAGUUUGGCUGCAGUGUCACUUCUGCUACUUAUAAUGCAAGUGAGUGGCAAUGAGGAGUCCCAGCUCAUUAAGGAUAUCAUGACAGGCUACAACAAGAAUAUCCGUCCUGCUGAGCAUCCGGGGGACAAGGUUCAAGUGCAGCUGAAGCUCACCCUAACAAACCUCAUUUCCCUGAAUGAAAAAGAGGAAACCCUCACCACCAAUGUGUGGAUUGAGAUUCAAUGGCAUGAUUACCGUCUGGCCUGGAACGAAACUUUAUACUAUGGCAUUAGUGUGGUUCGUGUCCCGUACAGUACAGUGUGGCUGCCAGACAUCGUCCUAGAGAACAAUAUUGAUGGCAAGUUUGACGUGGCGUACUACGCUAACGUGCUGAUCUCCAGUGAUGGAGGCAUGUACUGGCUCCCCCCUGCCAUCUUCCGCAGCACCUGUUCUAUAGAGAUCACCUACUUUCCUUUUGACUGGCAGAACUGUACCCUGAUCUUCAGGUCUCAGACAUACAGUGCCAAUGAGGUGGACUUGAUACUGGCUGUGGAGGAGGGUGUGACCAUUGAGUGGGUGGCGAUAGACCCAGAGGCCUUUACCGAGAAUGGAGAGUGGGCCAUCAGGCACCGCCCAGCCAGGAAGGUAAUCAACCAUCGCUACUCCCCUGAUGACUUGGAGUAUCAGGAAGUGCAUUUUGGCCUGGUCAUUCAGAGGAAGCCUCUGUUCUACAUCAUCAACAUCAUCCUGCCCUGCUCCCUCAUUUCCUCCUUGGUAGUGCUGGCCUAUUUCCUGCCUGCACAGGCUGGUGGUCAAAAGUUGACUGUGUCCAUCUCUGUUCUGCUGGCUCAGACAGUCUUUCUUAUCCUUGUUUCUCAAAAGAUUCCACAGACUUCUCUCUCAGUCCCUCUUAUUGGCAAGUACCUGAUCUUCGUCAUGUCCGUAACCACUCUCAUCGUCACCAACUGUAUCAUCGUCCUCAACUACUCCCUCCGCAGUCCCAGUAGCCACAACAUGUCCCGAUCCAUCAAGCACGUUUUCCUGGAGGUUGUUCCACGUUUCCUAGGGGUGUCGUAUUUGGGCAACAGCGAUGACGAAAACGCACAGUCGGAUGCAGUGAGAGAGCGCAGAGGGAGCACAUUCAAUAUGAUGCAGAGAGCGGAGGAGUACAUGCUGAAACAUCCUCGCAGCGAGAUCAUGUUCGACAGACUGAAAGAGAGACACGGCCUCGGUCAAACUUUCGUGGAUGGCAUUGAUGUCAGUACCACAGCCAGCCUGUAUAAAAGCCUCGCUCAAGCUGCCCCAGAGAUAAAGGACUGUGUGGACGCCUGCAACUUCAUCACAGAGAGCACCAAGCAGCAAAACGAUAUUGGAUCUGAGAUAGAGAACUGGGUGUUGAUCGGGAAAAUGAUUGACAAGGUGUGUUUCUGGGUUGCGUUACUCCUCUUCUCCCUUGGGACGGUGGCGAUCUUCCUCACGGGACAUUUUAACCAGGCUCCUGAGUUCCCUUUCCCUGGAGAGGACAAGCGUUAUGCCCCCAUUUUGCCAACCUCCUCCCCAGAAGGGCAGGGGGAUGCACCAUCGCCCUCUCAGUUGUAAGAGUUUGUGUUGCCUUAUUCUUCUUUGAUCACUCACUUUUCUUAUACUUAGAGACAUGUGCGAGGAGUACACUCUGGGCAAUCAGACCACAAUAAUGAGUUUAAAAAACACCUGAUCAUGUGGUUAAUAAUGAUUCCAACACUCUCAUCCUGUCUCCUCACCAGGUCCACUCAAUCCCAGCUCCCUUGGGAUUAGUAUUACCUAAUAAUACAUGCGUUAAGUUGGGUAAUUAAAAGGAAAUCUCAGGGCAACGCUACCUGGGGCUAUUUGGGCUCAGGAAUUUCAAGUAUUGUUUGGAUGUUCUGGGUCCAUUACUGAGUUGGGUUACAUAUUAUUUCAUUUUUAUUAUAUAUGUAUUUACGCAUACACACACACACACACACACACAAACAAGCUUGUGCAUGAGCAGGCAUGUGUGCACAAACACAUAGAAAAAUGGAUAUUCGAUAAUCUGAAUUGAACUACUGUUGUAUUACUGAUACAUUGAAUUUUAACACUUGUAAAUCAGAUGAAACAACAAAUAUGAAGACAAAAAAAUGUACUAUAAAUUAAAAAAUGAAAAAGAUGUAUUAAAUCUUAUGAGUAAUACCUAGGGUUCAUAUACACAUAAACACACACACACACCACACUCAUGCACAGCAAGCCUACACAAAAAACAGACAAGUUUAUGUACCACCAUAAGUGUUUCUCUAGUGAAAUUACAUUCUGAGAGUUUUUUUAAAUAUAUAUUUAAAUUACUUACUGAGUAGGUGUGAUUGAAACGUAUCAUGCUUCAUUUAGCUGUGGGCUACACUAGAUAUGUUUGCAGGUGGACUUUCCCAUGGAACUGCUUUUACUGAGCUUUUACUGAUCUGCAAUCGUGUAAAGGUAAUUUUAGAAGGUAAUACAGCCCAUCAUUUUUGUCUUUUCACUUGAGUUCAAAUUUGUCUGGUACAACCAAAAUUCAAUCACUUUCACACCAUUUGAGGUGCUGAGGUUUUACUCCCCUCAUGCAUUUUAUUCGUACCUGUCUGUGUGCCGUUGUCAUAAGGACUGUUUCAUCUUGGGUAUGUGUCUCUGUGAAAAGUGCUUCAUCACAAGGUCUAGAGCCAUAUAAAAACAAAUGAGCCACAAUAAUAUUGAAGUAAAAGUGUGAUAUUAUGGAUGACAGUGUGUGAGCAUGAGGUUGAAGUCAAAUCUGUCUUACGUGAGAUGCGUGGUGACGCCAUGUAUUUCUCUGUAGAAAUAGGUCUGUUGGUAGCUAGUUAACAAUAAUAUAAUUCAUAAGGAAUUAAACAGCCUGCGCUGUGCAGUUGUAUGUUUUUUAUGAUGGGGUGCUGAUGUGAAGCCAGUGGGUCGCUAACCACCCUGAAGUGGUUCAUUCUCAUGCAGCUGCACAGCCCAGAAAGUUUUGUUACAGCCACAUACACUAAGGCUACCUGCAACAGAAAUUAUUCCAAUGCUCAAAUUCAAUUAAAUUUUUGUUGCAUUCCU